CCAUAAGGCAGCACGAGGGGGAAUCUAUCACCAAGUAGCUACCACCACACACAACAUAAACCAUGGCUGGAAUAUUUGAACAACCGCGGAACGCCGGAACUCUGUUCCUCGGUGGGCAGAAAAUCAGUGGCCAGGAUGUCCGCGACCAGAACGUCCUCGCAACGCAAGCGAUCGCCAAUGUCGUCAAGUCGUCGUUCGGACCCUCUGGCCUCGACAAGAUGAUGGUCGACGACAUCGGAGACGUCACCGUGACCAACGACGGCGCCACCAUCCUCACCCUCCUCGACAUCGAGCACCCCGCAGGCAAGAUUCUCGUCGACCUCGCCCAGCAGCAGGACAAGGAGGUCGGCGACGGCACCACAUCCGUCGUGAUAAUAGCAGCCGAGCUCUUGAGGCGGGCGAACGACCUCAUGAAGAACAAGAUACACCCCACCACCAUCAUCAACGGAUACCGGCUGGCGCUCAGGGAGGCGGUCAAGUACAUGAACGAGAACAUCAGCAUCAAGGUGGACACUUUGGGCAAGGACUCGCUCGUCAACAUCGCGAAGACGUCCAUGUCGAGCAAGAUCAUCGGCUCGGACUCUGACUUCUUCGCCAACAUGGUCGUCGACGCCAUGCAGUCGGUCAAGAGCACCAACAGCAAGAACGAGGUCAAGUACCCAGUCAAGGCCGUCAACAUCCUCAAGGCACACGGCAAGGGCGCCAACGAGUCGGUCCUUGUCAACGGCUACGCACUCAACUGCACCGUCGCCUCGCAGGCCAUGGUGACCCGCGUCACCGACGCCAAGAUCGCCUGCCUGGACAUCAACCUCCAGAAGGAGCGCAUGAAGCUCGGCGUGCACAUCACCAUCGACGACCCGGCGCAGCUCGAGAAGAUCCGCGAGCGGGAGGCCGGCAUCGUGAUCGAGCGCGUGGAGAUGAUCCUCAAGGCUGGUGCCAACGUCGUGCUAACGACCAAGGGCAUCGACGACCUCUGCCUGAAGUACUUCAUCGAGAAGGGCGCCAUGGCGGUGCGACGAUGCAAGAAGGAGGACCUCCGAAGGAUAGCAAAGGCCACGGGCGCCACCCUCGUCGGCACCCUCUCCGACCUGAACGGCGACGAGAAGUUCGAGCCCUCCCUCCUCGGCACCGCCGACGAGGUCGUCCAAGAGCGCAUCUCCGACGACGAGUGCAUCCUCGUCAAGGGCACCAAGGCCUUCUCCUCCGCCUCCAUCAUCCUCCGCGGCCCCAACGACUUCGCCCUCGACGAGAUGGAGCGCUCCGUCCACGACUCCCUCUCCGCCGUCAAGCGCACCCUCGAAUCCGGCCGCGUCGUCCCCGGCGGCGGCGCCGUAGAAACAGCCCUACACAUCUACCUCGAAGAAUGGGCCACCUCUGUCUCCUCCCGCGAACAACUCGCCAUAGCCGCCUUCGCCACCUCCCUCCUCUCCAUCCCCAAAACCCUCGCCAUAAACGCCGCCAAAGACUCCACCGAGCUCGUCGCGCAGCUCCGCUCCCGCCACGCCCUCUCCCAGCGCACGACCUCGGACCCGACGACCCCGGAGAACGCGAAGGCCGUCGCCCGCUCCAAGGGCUACAAGAACUACGGCCUCGACCUCGCCAACGGCAAAGUCCACGACUCCGUCAAGGCGGGCGUGCUCGAGCCCAGCAUGAGCAAGGUCAAGCAGCUCAAGUCGGCGGUCGAGGCGUGCGUCGCGAUUAUGCGUAUUGAUACGCUGAUUAAGUUGGAUCCGGAGGAGAGGGGUGGAGGCGGGGAUGAUGGGCAUGGCCACUAAAAAAGAUCUUGUCUUGAAAUGAAUGAAAAAAAGGGGCAAUGAGAUGAAAUGUCGGAAAUGCACAAUCAUAGACGUUUUUUUCGUGUGCAUGUAUUUGGGAAAUGCACAUUAGAUAAACAGAUACCAUCAUCACGUAGAUAGUAGCCUUGUUUUUUAAUCUUGGUAACUUUCUUCGAACAAAAGAGACAUGAUAUGUU